AUGGGUGAAAACGAACCACCGUGCGCCUCACCGGCGCGGCCGCGUCAUCCGCCAUCAUCGUUAUUCACGGACAUUUCGAAUUUCAAAACUCCGCGGCGUUCUUCCGUUGCAAAUCCGAAGUUCAGUAACUCUCCGCAUCCGCAUUUCUUCACUGCAUCCAAGCAAACUCCGAAAUCUUCUUCUUCUAACUUCCGUCGUCCUUCCAUGGUUCCUUCUUAUACGUCUCGGUCCAAGGUCGCGCCUUCGGCGAGGCGGCUCAGGGCGUUCGAGCUUCAGCAGUCGCAAUCUUCUCGCAAGGCUGAGUUGAGGAAAGAGAAGAGUCUUAGAUCUCUUGCUAAAUCACUCACUGUAUGGCUCAAUUUCCUGUUUGAAAACCCUGAAAUUUGCGGUUGCGAUCCGUUCGAAAAUGACUCCGGUGCUGGUAGCGGAGGACAUUUAGGUAAGGCGAAGAGAGAUAGUGGCGAGGCUUUACGAAACAGUAAAUCUGUGGGAGUGGAUACAAUGUGGCGAAGCCCCAAAAGGCUGAGGAAAUUAGGUUGGUGUGGUGAGAGAAGAUCAGAAAUUGGCGUGUGCUUGACCAAUUCCAAGUAUUCCUCGCUGAGGGAAUCUCUGAGAGAUGUGUGUAGUUUAGAUGAUUUGAAGCAAAGAAUGCAAUUUCACUUGAGUCUGGGAAGUUGCAAGGAGAUUUUUGAUGUGAUGACCCGUGUUACCAAGAAUAUCGAUGAAGGAAGGAUAAAAAUGAAACCACAAUGCCCUCUUGUAACUGAUUUUGGAAUGAAGGAGAAGGCGAUCAAGGCACUGAUGAGCUACAACCAAGUUUGGCUUCGUUUAGGGUUAUAUAUCGUCUUUGGGGGUGAUUCGUUUUUGUCUGAUAGUGAAGUUAACUCGGAUCAAGAAAUGGCAUUUUUGAAGAUGGUGAUAAGUAAGCAGUUCUUCUCCCAUGAUGGCCUUGCUAAAGCAUAUGCCUACAACAAGAUGGUUGAGGGUUUAUACAGACCAGGUUACUAUGAAGCCCUUGGAGCAGUGAUUUUGAAGAGGAUUCUGUUGCUCGUGCUUGUAAUCGAUAGAGCUAAAUCUCAAAGCUGCCUUUCACUUAAGUAUGGGAUUGAUGGGAGAGAUGGUGGCUCACCCCUCAUGUUUUCUGAGAAAUCUAGCAUAAAGUCAAGCCAUCAACUUAUAUGUGAAUUCUUGCCCUCUGAUGUUAUGCAUGGAGAAGGGAAUCUAUUAGCGCAUCUGGUGAUUAUAGGGUAUAAAAUACCUUAUCAGCAGUCUCCUAUAGUUGAAUAUGAAUUUAGAGUGAGAGACUUGUUUGAUGACCUCCAAGAUGGCGUGCGGCUCUGCAGAGCCAUUCAACUACUUCUUCAUGAUCCCUCCAUUCUCAUGAAAAUGGUGGUUCCAUCCGACAAUCAUAAGAAGAACUUGGUCAACUGUAGAAUUGCACUUCAAUAUCUGAAGGGUGCUGGUGUUUCGUUGAAAGAUGAGGAAGGAAUAAUGAUAACUGCAGAAGAUGUUGCAGAUGGUGACAGAGAGCUUACUAUUUCACUGCUGUGGAACAUUUUUGUACAUUUGCAGCUGCCUCUUUUGAUCAAUGGGAGACUCCUGACUGAGGAAAUCUACAAAGUCCAGAGGCUGGAACAGAAUAAUCAAAUUACCAUGACUAGUCCUCUGGAAAUGCUCUUGACCUGGAUCCAGUCAAUUACCAGGAAGUAUGAGUUCCAGUUAGAAAGCUUUGCAACUUUGGUUGAUGGAAAAGGGAUAUGGUUCUUGCUUGACUACUAUUUUCGUCGAGAAGUUUGCUGUGCGUGUCUUCACAAAAAGGAUCCUGUUGGUGGACACGGCCCUCAAUCAGUGAUGUCCAAUACCGAUUACAAUGAUGCAGUUCAAAAUUUCAUUCUAUCGCAAAAAUUGACAGCACUUUUGGGAAGUUUUCCUGAGGUUCUACAGAUUGGUGACUUACUGGAACAUAAUGCAGUAGUUAGCAACCAAAGUGUGAUUAUACUGCUGGCUUUUCUAUCAUCAAAGCUGAUUGUCAAGGAGAAUAUGGAGCAACUAAACUUUCAUAAGUUGCUGUGCUCUAGCUGUCAAGCUCAUGAGAAGAGAUAUUCGCGCAUCAGUUGCAGUGACUCUGAAGCAGUUAGAAAUGAGGAACCAGAUAGAGAAAACGGAGAAGAUGCUACUAAAAGGUUCCGGGCAAUCAAAGCCUGGUGGCAGGACAUGGCCAACCAAAACCAACAUUCAGUUGAAAAAGUUAAAAGUAACCAUAUUCACCAAAGCCCCUUGUCUAGCAAGUGCCCUACGGAUAUCCAACGAGAAACCGCAGCAGUGGUCAUACAAGCAAGUUUUAGGAGGCGUCUUGCGCGCUGCGAGUUUAGGAAGAAAAUGAGUGCAAUCCAAUACUUACAAGCUGCUGUCCGCACAUGGUUGUCAGUGAAACGUAUAGAAGUUCUUGAACAAUUAACUGUUGAGGAAGUUACUUUGCAUUUAUCAGAAAGAUCAGCCAACUUAAAACCUGUAGCAAGAUAUGUCAAGUUCAUUGUUGAACGAUGUCGCUUCGUCAAGUUGAGGAAGUCUGUUUUGGUCAUUCAGAAAGCUGUAAGGAGGCAUAAUCAAGCGCUUCUAAUCAACCAUCAUCAUGAGCUGAGAGCAGCACUCAAAAUUCAGCUAGCUUGGAGGAGUUAUAACGACAAAGUUAUCUCUUCUACCAUCAUCCAGUCUUAUGUUCGUGGAUGGAUCACUCGUAGAAUGAACUGGAAGUACAAGUUUUCUUCUGUACUUAUACAGAGAUUUUGCCGUGGUUGGUUGGCGAGAAGGAAGUUUUACAUUCUGAAAGAAGCAACGAUGUGCAUUCAGAGUGCUAUCCGAAAAUUUAACUGCAUGAUGUCAUUUCAUCGCUACAAGCAUGCAGCCACUGAGGUUCAACGGUUCGUUAGGGGUCAAAUUGUUCGAAGCAGGCUUCAAGGAGCUUCUUAUCUCCAUCCAAGUGUCGAUUCAAGACGUUCACACGACAGCUUUGGGAUGACAAAACUGCUACAUUCCGUCAUUAAACUGCAGCGUUGGUGGAGGUUUCUCCAUUCACAGAACGUGAGAAGAAAAUCAGCAGUCUUAAUAAUACAGAGCCAUGUUCGAGGUUUAUUUGCGAGGCGAAGAACUUCUUUGGAAAGACGUUACAUUGCCAUGAUACAAUCACACUGGAGAGGUUAUCUUACACGCAAAGCCUCAAAGGCUCAAGUUCUGGAUCUGAGAAUGAGAAUGCAGACGUCUGCAGCAAACAUCGAUGACAAGAAACGGCUUAUAAACAAGCUUCUUUCUGCGCUCUCUGAACUACUGAGCAUGAAAAAGGUCCACAACAUUCUUCACAUUUGUGAAACGUUAGAUUCGGCAACAAAAUACUCUGACAAAUGCUGUGAAGAACUUGUGGCAGCUGGAGCUAUAAAAACGUUACUAACAGUGAUCCGGUCUGCAAGCAGAAGCAUCCCUGAUCAAGAAGUCUCAAAACAUGCGGUUUCAACUUUGAGACACCUUGCUCGUUACCCACAAAUGGCAGAUGAGCUAAUCGAGACGAAAGGAUCCAUCCAGACAAUCUUCUGGGAACUCCUCAGGAACAAAGAAGAAGCAUAUUUCAUUGCAUCAGAUGUUCUGAAGAAGAUAUGCAAUAGCCAGAAAGGCUUAGAAGCAGUUCGAAAGCUUGCUGCAUUGGUCAAACGUUUACAGGCUUUAGUUGAGGAGCUAUCUCGUAAGGCAAACUUCGAGAAAAGGAACGUUAAGGGUCAAGGUGGAAAAGAAAAGAGUGAGAGAAGACUAAAGGAGGCUAUUGAGCUUCUAAAGCUUAUAACCAGCAGAUGA